AUGGCUCCAGGGAAUCUCACCAGAGUCACAGAAUUCAUUCUCAUGGGAGUCUCAGAUCGGCCACACCUCCAGAUCCCACUCUUCUUUGUCUUCCUGGUCAUCUAUGGACUGACUGUGGCAGGAAAUGUGGGCAUCAUCACCCUCACCAGUGUGGACUCUCACCUUCAGACCCCCAUGUACUUCUUCCUCUGCCAUUUGGCUAUUGUCAAUCUUGGCAACUCUACUGUCAUUGUCCCUAAAAUGUUGACCAAUAUUUUAGUAAACAAGAAAACUAUCUCUUACUAUGAAUGUGCCACCCAACUGGGGAUGUUUGCUAUUUUCAUUGUAGCUGAGGUUUUCCUGUUAGCAGUGAUGGUAUAUGACCGCUAUGUGGCCAUCUGUAACCCUCUGCUGUACACGGUGGUGAUGUCUCGGCAGAAAUGCGUUCUUCUGGUAUCCCUCACCUACCUCUGUGCGGUUUCUACUUCUAUUGUGGCAACAUAUAGUGUAUUCUCUGUGGCAUAUUGCUCUUCCAAUCUAAUAAAUCAUUUUUUCUGUGAUAGUGUCCCUCUGUUAGCAUUGUCUUGCUCUGACACCUACCUCCCAGAAACUGUGAUUUUUGUAUCUGCAAGUGCAAAUAAUAUUUUUUCCAUAACUAUAGUUGUAGUUUCUUAUUCCAACAUUGCUUUGGCCAUCCUCAGGAUGCAUUCAGCAGAAGGAAGGAAGAAAGCCUUUUCCACGUGUGCUUCACAUAUCACAGCGGUCACGAUUUUCUACGGGACAAUAUUAUUUAUGUAUGCGCAGCCUCAGAGUAGACAUUCACUGGAUACUGACAAAAUGGCUUCUGUAUUUUAUACUCUGGUGAUCCCCAUGCUGAAUCCCAUGAUUUACAGCCUGCGGAAUAAGGAUGUGAAGGAUGCCUUAAAGAGGUUUCUGACAAAUUCGUGUUGUGCUUCUAAAUCAGUAUAA